AUGUCGUCGUCCAACAACACCUACGUCGUCGAGGACCCCGCCGUCCGCGGCAACAAGGCCCCCGCCGUCUACGUCGAGCCGGUCGACUCUGAGACCCGUUACCUCGACCAAACCCGUGCCAACACGUACAUGAAGCAGGUCGUCACCAACUUUGGAAAGGGUGCCGUCGUCGGCAGUGCCAUGUUCACCCCUCUCCACUUCCUUCUCAAGAAGCGCUCGGCCACCUACCGCUCCCUCCCCCUCCCCGGCAAGGUCUUCCUGGGUAUGAUGUCGAUCGUCCCCGUCGCCACCGUCUUCGCCGAGAAGGCCGGUGAGCACUACAUUUCGGACAACAUGUGGGACUCGGUCGGCAAGACCGAGAUCGAGCGCCAGGCCCACGAGUCCGAGGAGCGCUGGAACAAGCUCUCGACCACUGAAAAGGCAAAGGACUGGGCGGGCCGCAACCAGUACUCGAUCAUUGGUGGCUCGUGGGUCGCCUCGCUCGGUAUCGCCUUUGGCAUUGUCCAGCGCAACAAGCACCAGACGUUCAGCCAGAAGCUCGUCCAGGCCCGUAUGUGGGCCCAGGGCCUCACCGUCGGUGUCCUCCUGGUCUCGGCCGUCCUCGCCGGUGUCAACGCCAAGGGCGAGAAGCCCAAGCGCGCCGCCGACCACUCGUGGAAGGACAUUCUCGAGCAGGGCGGCAGCCUCACCCAGCCCGAGAAGAUCCACGUCCUCUCGCCCAUGGAGGUCAAGUCGAGCCUGUAA